AGGGCGUUAGCGGCGCUGCUGCUGAUUCAAGAUGUCUGCGCUCUUGACGAGUCAUUUAUCGAAAUGUACAUCGAGCAACUUUAGUUGCCAAAAACUUUUGGUGCAAAAUGUCAAGUUUAAACUGCCAGCCAACCUGUUAAGGAGUAGAUCACUUCACAGUCAUUCAAUAUUGUACAGGAGCACACAUAGACAUGAGCUUAAAACGUUUUCUCAGACGUUUAUCAACUCACAUACCCGAAAGUUUUUGAAAGUGGAAUAUUUAGCAUGCAGUGGAAUUUCCAUACGAUUUAAUAGUAACGGUACAACAUUAACAGAUGAGCUCUCACCGGAUUACAUCCCCCCACCACCACCAAUACCAGAGAUCACAGACACGUCAACAUCAACAGGAGAUGUCAUAUCAUCUCCAGAUGUAGGUGACAUUAUCAGUGCAGUAGGAGAGCCAUCAUUUGCAGAAUUGGGGCUUGGUGGAUGGGGACCGGUAGGCAUUGUCCAGAACUGCCUGGAGUGGCUUCAUAUAUCAACAGGACUACCAUGGUGGGGAACUAUUGCUGUAG